ACAUGGCUAUCAGGUAUCCUAUGGCCGUGGGGCUUAGCAAAGGCCACCCGGUAACCAAGAAUGUGACCGCACCGAAACAUGCCCGUAGGCGAGGGGUGAGUUCAUCUCAAUGGAUAGAAACAUGACAACCACCACAGGUAGUGUGGUAUUGGUAGAGCCUCGGGGCACUAUGUCCUCAGGUAAAGGGUCUGGGCGCUAUGUCCUCGGGUAAAGGGUCUGGGCGCUAUGUCCUCAGGUAAAGGGUCUGGGCGCUAUGUCCUCAGGUAAAGGGUCUGGGCACUGUGUCCUCAGGUAAAGGGUCUGGGCGCUAUGUCCUCAGGUAAAGGGUCUGGGCGCUAUGUCCUCAGGUAAAGGGUCUGGGCACUGUGUCCUCAGGUAAAGGGUCUGGGCGCUAUGUCCUCAGGUAAAGGGUCUGGGCACUGUGUCCUCAGGUAAAGGGUCUGGGCACUGUGUCCUCAGGUAAAGGGUCUGGGCACUGUGUCCUCAGGUAAAGGGUCUGGGCACUGUGUCCUCAGGUAAAGGGUCUGGGCGCUAUGUCUUCGGGUAAAGGGUCUGGGCACUGGACCCUUUACCACAGGAGGUUGUUUGCUUGUCCUAGAAUUGCUGGGUCAAGCCCCUCUCUGUCUCUGUUCAUAGUUUGGUUUCUAAUCCCAUAGCUGACACCAGUGUAGUGAUUGAAGGUGCUCAGGCUUUGGCCCCCUCCCCUCUGUUAUCAGAUAAUGGGUCAACAAUAUAACUUGAUCGUAGGCGGCACUUACUGGCCCAAUAAACUGUUGCUAAAGCAGGAUAAGUUACAGUGCAGCUUGUUCAGUGCUGUUCUGUCGUUCCCCCUGCACACAUCAACUAGUUUCCUACUAUCCCUGUCUGUCUGCAUCCCACUGCUGACAGGGACGCUUGGUCUCAGACACUUGCAUAGUAGCUAUCUGAAUAAAGGUUAUUUUUUCAUCCCAUGGUAGAGGGCCUACAUUUCCACAGUGACUUUAGAACUGGUUGUUUGACCAACUGUUGCUGAUUUUGUAUUUCAGCGUCUGACCAAGCACAGCAAGUUUGUGCGUGACAUGAUCCGCGAGGUGUGCGGCUUCGCCCCUUACGAGAGGCGCGCCAUGGAGUUGCUGAAGGUGUCCAAGGACAAGCGUGCCCUCAAGUUCAUCAAGAAGAGGGUAUGUAACUCCCCUGCUACAUUUACAUUUACGUCAUUUAGCAGACGCUCUUAUCCAGAGCGACUUACAGUUAGUGCAUACAUUAUUCUUUUUUUAUACUGGCCCCCCGUGGGAAACGAACCCACAACCGUGGCGUUGCAAACGCCAUGCUCUACCAACUGAGCUACCUCCCUGCCGGCCAUUCCCUCCCCUACUCUGGACGACGCUGGGCCAAUUGUGCGCCGCCCCAUUGGUUUCCCGGUUGCGGCCGGCUACAGCAGAGCCUGGAUUCGAACCAGGAUCUCUAGUGGCACAGCUAGCACUGCGAUGCAGUGCCUUAGACCACUGCGCCACUCGGGAGACACUACGAACCCGGCUGGGUGUAUUGGUGGUGUUAUUGUAGUUGAUAGAGCAUGGCGUUUGCAACGCCAGGGUUGUGGGUUCGAUUCCCACAGGGGGUAGGAAAAAAAUAAAAUAAUAAUAAAAAUGUAUGCAUUCACUAACUGUAAGUCGUUCUGGAUAAGAGCGUCUGCUAAAUGACUAAAAUGUAUUGUCAGCAUGGAGGAAUUUGUUCAUGUCAUAUGGUUUGUUUCUGCAGCUGCUUUCUUUUUGGAUCAAAAAACGGUGAACAAAAUGCAAUUUUUUAAACCGAACAUAGAUUUUGUAGUACCCAUUUGAUGUUGAACGUUACUACAUCUGUUAAGGGUUUGUGGAAAUGUCCUGCAUUUUUCGCAGCUGUCACCCUGGUUGACUGUUUGCAUCGUGGAGCAUCUAUUGGAUCAGUAGCCUUACUCUGUCCUAUAGUUUGUCCAAUCAGUUCAUUCUCAAGACUAGUUUAGCAUUUAUGGAACUGCUAUCCCAAUACAUGUUCGUUACUGAACUUAUACCUGAUUUAUCUGUCCCAGAGACAUGCUUUAGUGGGUUUUUUGUUGUUGUCAUUUAUCCAGAGCGACUUUAGUUAGUGAAUGCAUACAUUUUCAUACUGGCUCCCCCGUGGGGAAACGAGCCCACAACCCUGGAGUUGCAAGCGCCGUGCUCUACCAACUGAGCUACACGGGGCCAGUGUUGACGUCAUCCUGAGCAUGGUAGUUCACCUGCUGUGAAAGUUGCGCAUGCAUCUUGUGUUGGGUCUUCCCUCUUACAUUAAUGUACCCUUUGGGUUUCUCCUCAGAUUGGAACUCACAUCCGCGCCAAGAGAAAGAGGGAGGAGCUCAGCAACGUCCUGGCUGCCAUGAGGAAGGCCGCUGCCAAGAAGGAU